ACAAAACAAACGGCAGCGCGAGCGAGCGAGCGGCCGCGGUCGGAGAGAGAGAGCGGGAGAGAAGGAGAGAGGAGCGGGCAGCGGGCACUCGCCUCACACCGCCCUCCUCCCCCCCACACACACACACGCACGGUACUUCAACAUUUGAACACUGAGGGGGACAACAUGGGUCCAAAGACUUUUACACACAGUUCUCCGGUCCAUGGUCAAGAACUUCUGGGAAAGUUAAACAAACUGCGCAACGAAGGACACUUCUGCGAUGUAACAAUUCGAGUCCAGGACAAAAUCUUCAGGGCCCACAAAGUGGUUCUUGCUGCUUGCAGUGAAUUCUUCAGGGCAAAACUUGUAAAUCAAUCAGAUGCAGAUGAGUGCAUUUUGGAUUUGAACCAUGUUACUGUCAGUGGAUUUUCUCCAUUGCUGGAGUAUGCAUAUACAGCUACACUUGCCAUAAAUACAGAGAACAUUAUUGAUGUCCUGGCUGCUGCAAGCUAUAUGCAGAUGUUUCAUGUAGCAAACACCUGUUCAGAGUUCAUGAAAUCAAGUAUCUUAUGGAAUACAAACAGUAAUCCUUCAGGACCUGUUCUUCCACUCCCUCAAGAGAACAGUGGUGCUUGCAUCAUUCAGUCCCACGAUGACAGUCUAUCUCCAGUAUUAUCAGAAUGCAGUUCCAUUGAGAAAAGUAAGCCCAGGGAAUCCCGCAGAAAGAGAAAGAACUUCAUAAUGAUGUCCCCAGAGAGUCCCACAGAGUCUGCUGUCCAACCCAACUGUUCACAUGUCGUGAACCCAUCGGUGACUUUCUCGGAUAAUCGAAACCAGCAGUCUGUGGACUCGUCGCUGUCAUUUCAGUGGACAUAUCCGGUGGGUGCUGAUCGCCGGACUCACGGUGAGAAGGUAAAAGCAACAGAAAGCGUUCGGAUUGUGGAACAUCCCAUAGCCACCGACAUUACAGGAAGAGUAUCUGAAUACACUGCCUGUGAGAGUACAAAAGCAACAUCACCCCCCAUGAUAGAAGACGAUGUAAGGAUCAAAGUUGAAAGGCUGAGUGAUGACGAAGGUCACGAAGUUGUAUCACAGCCUGUCAGUGCUUCACAGAGUUCACUUAGUGACCAUCAAACUGUACCGGGGAGUGAGCAGGCUCAGGAGGAUUUAUUGAUUAGUCCCCAAUCUUCCUCAAUCGGUUCAGUAGAUGAAGGAGUUACAGAAGGGCUACCAACACUUCAAGGUACUUCCAAUGCCAACAAUCACCCUGAUGAUGAUGAUAGGUUAGAGAAUGGGCAGUACUCCUAUCAGCUCUAUAUAAACCCUUCAACAAGUGGCACAGAAAGACCCAGUCCAAAUGGCCCAAAUAAGCCUUUCCAGUGCCCUACAUGUGGUGCCAGGUUCACACGCAUCCAGAACCUCAAACAACACAUGCUUAUUCACUCAGGUAUCAAACCCUUUCAAUGCGACAGAUGUGGAAAAAAGUUCACAAGAGCGUACUCCUUAAAGAUGCAUCGUCUGAAACAUGAAGGAAAGCGAUGCUUCCGAUGCCAGAUUUGCAGUGCAACCUUUACUUCCUUUGGGGAAUAUAAGCACCAUAUGCGCGUUUCAAGGCACAUUAUCCGAAAGCCAAGAAUCUACGAGUGCAAAACAUGCGGCGCCAUGUUUACUAAUUCUGGAAACCUAAUUGUACACCUGAGGAGUCUGAACCAUGAAGCAUCGGAAUUAGCUUCUUAUUUCCAGAGCAGCGACUUCAUAGUGCCAGAUUACCUGAAACAGGAGCAAGAAGAAGCCCUUGCUCACUAUGACAUAGGAGACAAUGGUUUUGAUAAUAACUCAGCAGUGCAGAUGCCAGUCAUUUCACAGGUAUCCUCCACACAGAACUGUGACAGUGCAUUCCCCCUUGGACACUUGGCUGGACUCAUGAACAAGGAUGAUGAAAUAAUAGAAGAGCAAAAGACAAAUGGCUCGGAUGUAAAUGGAAUGCUUGGCGUGAGAGAAGAUCUGCACAAGAGAGGUUCUCCAGAGGAAGGACCUCAUAUCCUUUAUAGCUAAGUUAGCCCUGGUAGUUAAACUUAUGUACUUUUGGAGAAAGUGCCUGGACCUGGGUCAAAUGAUUCUUGGAGCUUUUCUUCCAGACUCUGAACUUUUAUUUAAAAUAGGUCAACAUUACAUUAUUUGUUUAUCAAAAGUUUUGGACAAGUCUGUUAGCCUUCAAUUAAUUACAAGCACAUUAAACCACACAUUUCUUAUUUCACACGGCAGUCAAGUACUUUGGAAGAAGCCGCGGUACAACUUUUGAACAAUGUCUAGAGACCUGAAUCCUCCAACAAUGUUAUACUUUAUACUUUAAUAAAAAGCUGCCAAUAUUAGAUGCCUUGUCAAGUUGGCAUCUGGGAAGAUAUUUUGGAAUCAAAGUCUAAAAUGCUGCAUUGAUGGAUAACAAUCUCAUCAAGUUACUGAAAAAAAAAUCAAAUGUUUAAAUGUUCUCUGGCAGAAAUUAUCUUAUGACAGAUAAAUGGAAUAUUCUCUUACAGUUAAAUUAUGUUCACAGGGUAGGAAAUUUCAAAAUCUUCACCAGAAUAUGAAAUUUUGUUUUCAGCAAAAAAGUAACUUUGUACAAUAAUAAAAAAUGUUUUUAUCAAUGAGAAUUCAAAGCUGGCAUUGUAAAUAGAAAUAUUAGUCUGGAUAUCUUUUCCUGCACUCCAAAUUAUACCACAUUUCCUUCUAUAUAGUCAGAUAUAUUCUGGUCACCUGAAGGGAAGUGGAAGAAUCAAAAGCUAUGAGUUAUUUGCAGUCAGGCAUCGGGCUUUCUGAAUGCCAUUUGACUUUUGCAUUCCUUGCUGAAAAGUUUGAAGUUCCCAUUGCUGUUUUUUCCAGUUCAGGAAAGCAGAGCUGCAUUCAGCAUAGGACCUUGUGACAAUUAAUGUCUGUCGAGUGUGAAACUAAUAUACAAUUGGUUUCUUGGCCAACUGGGCUAGAAAUGGUGCAAUUAACCUUGAGUCAGGAGUUGGCUUCGGAGCCAUUGGCUCUGGGCUGUUGCCGCCAAAGUGUGACCUUCUUACUUCGACGUGAUUUAAACUGGAAAUAUCCGAACCUAUUUCCAGUACAUAUUUUACUAUUAAUCUGAAGUAAAAGUGAAUGCAUAUCUCCUUCAGAUAUGUUUAGCUACUUUUUAGUCUCUUGUAACUUGUGAAUGUGUGUUGACAUUGACACCACAGUUGGUGGCACGUUAGUGAAAGAGUAUUUUUCAGGGAGCUUGUUUGCCUUGGCUGUUGUUCAAUCAGUAGUUUAUUGCAAACUUUUCUACACGUUUUUGUGCUAACAGAUAACUCGUUUGAAGCUUAAAUGUUCAGACUUAGAUUUCUACGGCUGUUAAGUUUUUUUUAAACAAUCUACAAAAUUUGCUGUUUUGUGAAGUGUUCACCUUUUUAAAGCUAUUAAUUAAAAUUGUUGAUCCUUUUGUUAACAUGCAAAGGGUCAUGUAAUAUUUUGACAAUCUGAAGGCAUGCUGUGAUUGAUUAAGGCAUGUGUGUUUUAAUUUUUUAUUUUUAGUAUCUUAUGUAGUCUUGGUAUUCAGAAUAUAUACAACGUAGCACUCCUGAGAAUAAAGCACAGAUAACAUUUGAUGGUUUGAGCUUAUUCAGAUAAAUGUUUUGUUAUACAUUAUCCGUACCAGCAAUACUGAAAAAUACCUGCUUGGGUAGUAGCUGGCCAGAAUAUCCUGUUUGGAGUAUUAGAAGCUAAAAGUAUGCUGGAAGUAUUGUCAGAAAAGCCUCUAUUUUUGUGUUAAUUGUUAGGGAGUUGGUCUGAAUGAAACUCUGAUCCAUGCACAGAAUUCAGUGUUUCAGCACCAGAUGUUAAAUAUGAAUAGUUAAUCCAGUUUCUGGAAAGACAAUGACUAAAUACAAUGUUUUGUAUACAGUCAGUCAUUUUAAUAUAUUCUAUACUUCUUCAUUCCCAACUUUUUUAUUAUAUCUUGUUAAGAUUGAAGAGUUUUUACUUAAUUUCAAAUAGUACUAUCAUGAAUUCAUUUUGGCUUAUUUUCAGUAUGAAUCAAAACUGGAUUUGUUGUUCGUUUAGUAAGGGGAGGGACGGGGCAUGGGGGGAAUACAGUGGGAGCUAGCAUCGAGGAAGAUUAUUCAGCUCAUUGAGACUGUUGUGUGGAAAAAUGAAACUCGAUACUCGCACCUCUUAUUAGAGGUGGGUGAUGCAAAGCUGUGUGUUCCCAUUAUAAAAUCUGCUAAACCAUCAAUGACGCAACACUGUUAUUUUUAUUUAAAUUUUAAAAUACCAAUUAUUACUCUGUAGAGCAACAGUAGAUAGUUGUUAAACUGAGUUGCUAUUAUCGUGUUUCAUUAAUUAAUGGUUUUAUAAUUGUUUUCCAUUAUUAUAAAGAUUUUAUUCUGCCAGUGUGGGCAAAUGGUUAAAUCAACUAAAUGUUGACCACUAUUCAAAACUCAAAGAAAAUUGUUGGUACAUUCAAUGAAACUACAGUAAUUGUCCUGUCUGUUUAUGUGGGCAUGGUUGAAGUUAACCAUUAUAUGUAUAUCGGUAGUACUAAAAACUGAUGUAGUUCCUUCUGUCCUGUAUUCAACAAAUGUGCAUUUUUUUAAUUGUUUGUUACAUUGCAGUCUUCAAAAGUUCAGCACUUUGACACUCUACAUGUUGGUGAUCUUCAACUUGUAAUCCCAUCACUGCCGUUACCUAUUGCAAGGACAUUAAUAAAGCUGAGCCUUCAGUGUCCCUGUUGUGGUCACCUGCUUGUAAAUACUGUAUAGUCUGAUGACUUGGAAAUAUUGCUAAUCUGUUGAGCAACAGACUUUGGAUGGAAUUUUUGAUAGUAUGAUUGCCAGUAAAUUGGAUUUUUCUUUGUUUGUAAUCCUUGUUUUUCACCAGCAUGGCCCCAUGACAGGAGGUUAUUGUAAAACAUAGCAAAAUGCAAAAUACAUUGUUCUCUGGCUAUGGGUUGCUUUAUUUAUCCUGUUGUGGAGUCUGUCAGUCCUUCUACGUGUAUGCGUGCGUGAGUAUGAGUGUAUAUAUAAAUUGGGAAAAGUUCACAUAUUCUAUUUUCAUGCUCAUGAUGGUCACAGAGGCAAGUAGCAUUGUAUAAAGUUUGAUAAAAUAAUACUGCAGUUGAUAAUCUGUGUGGAAAUUAUAAAUAAAGCUCUUUACCAUUAUA